AUGCCUGUGACAAAAUCCUUGGGAAAGCUUCAAAAGCAAAUGAGAUCUAAGGGCAGAUCUCAUGUGCACCCCAACGGUAGAAAACACAAACAGUUAACAAGAGCUACGAUAAGAGAGAGCAAUAUUGCAGCAAAAAAGCAGGAAUUCCAGAAACGCAAAACUUAUGAGCUGGCUCGUGUGAAAUACCUUCAAGAAGUUACAAAUUCCGAAUCAUUCAAAGAAAGAAGCACUUUUAGUCUUGAGGAGACAGCAGUUUUCUUGCAAGAAUUUAUUCAGCGUGAUAAUGAAGAGUUGGAAGAAUUAAAGAAGAAUAGACGUUCGAACCGUCCACCUUCCAAUAGACAGCUUUUAUUGCAACAAAAAUACGACAGGGAAAUGGAAGAAUUCAAGAAAGGAUUUUUGUGUCCUGAUUUGACAGAUAAACAGAACGUUGUUACACUAAGGAAUUGGAAUGGAACUUUUGGAACUUUAAAUGCAUUGAAAACCAUUAGGGUCAAUAACGAAGGUAAACAAAUGAUCGGUGGUAAUACCUCGUUUACUAUGAACACUGACGUUGAAAUGCAAUGA